AUACGCACACGCACACCCGCAGUCGAACAGCUGAUCGUGUUUUGCGAAUCUUCAUUUUGACUUCAACAACCUCACCUAUCACUGCACUAUCCGCAGAUCUACAAUCGGCGACCUGUCAAAGACGGAUUUUUUCGACCUACCAAACACCCAGUGCAGUGGAUGUGUUGAUUCUUACGGUAACAGUUGCACCCUAGCGGACAAGUAGAACCCUGCUACUAGUGCUAGGCCAGGGCUCAGCGCUGUUUCUGCAGGCCGGCAGCCGUCCGUCACUGAGUCAGUAUUUCGUCCGGACUCGAGAAUCUUCACAGAGCUAGAGCUAGCCUGGCACCGUACCACCAGUGCAGGAAGCAAGGCAUGACUGUCGGGGCUUCAUUCGAUGUGAUUUCUUGCCCGCGUUGUCUUUGCUGACGCGGUGAUUAUAGUCGGAGCGUCUUGCUUUGAGACCCUAAAUCAGCCAGCCACUCAAGGCUACAGGCCCGCGCAGCUGUCCUGCACGCUCUAGAACGCAUCCUAGUGAGGGUGGUGUUAGCUAAUCGCAGAGUUAUGUUGUAGCACAAGCCGCGGCGUUCAGUUUGCGGGGAGCUUACAUGCAGAUGCACAGAUAAACCAAGAAAUCUUUCCUGCCAUUUGCUAGCUGCUGUGCGCGCUCGAACGCAGUAUCUCGUACUCACUCUGCGUGCUCGACACGCCGAUGAAGUCUGUGAACGGGUUCUGCUGGAACCGAGCAGUUUGCCCCUUCCAAUCGGCUUCGUACACGCUCUGCCUGUCCGGAUGAGAAGGUGUCUUGAGGUAUCAAACGAGCGUAGGCGCAGCACUGCCAGCACUGCAGCACGACACUGCGCGACACUGCACGCCCGCCGCCACGACCUGUUGUGACUUUAUCCAGUUUGUUUACUGACGCUUUUGCUGUGGGCACAGGCUAGGUAGUAAGCAAACAGCAGCGCAAGCAGCAGCAGCAGCAGCAGCUCAAUGGACGGAUGCGAGUACAAGGAGAGCAAAUGGAGAAAAAAUACAUGUGCCAACUGCUUCCAGGCGAAGAGCUCCCAUUCGAACUUUGGGACGACCCAGCGCGAAGGUCGAGGCACCAUGUCCAGAUCGGAAAGUUGGGAGGUGAAGCGAACGUCAGCGACGCUGCCCAAUCGUCACUCAAAUCGUUACUCCUCCGGCAGUAGCAUCAGCGCUGCUUCCAUUGGCCUAGAGCGCAGCAACAGUUCUGUAUCCAGCACGCGUUCAUCAACGGAUCUGUCCAAGUCAUCACCCUCCGCACUGCGGAAGCCUGCUCAGGGCGGCAGCGAAGUAGAAUGCGACGAGACAAAAGAGACAGCGGCCAGCUCACCAGCGACACUGCGCAGCAGUGCUGGCUCUUCUGUUCCUGCCAGGACACCACCUACAAGUACAAGUAGUUCAUCACCUCCAACUGUGCUGACACGAGCCAGAACCAACGGUGAGUCCAGCAGCCAAUCGACAACCACCUCAAUGGACUCUUCGAAGCCUCCGCCAGCAAAGCCGCCGACGGCUCGUAAACCCGGAGCGGCUAGCCUGCGAGUAAAUCCUGCCAGAACUGCUGUUCCAUCAAAGCCCUCUAGCGGCAGGGUUGUAUCGAAACAGCACGACACAGGAGUAAUCGGGGAUGCUGCUGGACCAAAGCCUCCACCACCAAAACCAGCAGUAACGUCCAGAAGAAAGUCCCCCACCUCUGCUUCGACUCCCACUAGCGAUGACAGCAGCAUAUUAGCGUCACCCGUUCGUUCGGCAGCCGUCGAUCGUUCCUGCGCCGACGGUCGAGGAAGGCACGAACCCACUACUAGCACUGUAGUUCAAGCAGCGUCACCUGGCGCAAUGCGACCACCGCAGGUAACUGGCAGCAGUCGAGUCGAAUCGAUGACGACCGUGGGCACCGCUUCAGCAGGGGAAAGUGUAGGAGUAGGAGUGUUGAAAAUCGGAAGUGCUGGAAGAUCUACAGAUGACCGAACGCUGGUGUCCUCAACUAGUGCUGCGUCUAACGCUAGUGUGACUGCAAAGGCAGCAGCGAGUGGCAGCAAUCACAGCAGCAGAGGAACUGUAGAGACCGGCAAGCGAGCUGAAAAUACUUCCAGUAGCUCGCCAGCAGCAGCACAAGACAAAAAAUCUGGAGCUCGUGUUACUGGUAGAAAUGUAGCAACACGAUCACCGAACAGUGGCAGCAACAGCAUCGCCACCAGCAGUGGUAGUAGUAAUAGUAGCACAGGCACUGCAACGGCUCGCGGAGACCAAGGUACUAGCACUGUGUCAGCGUCAUCUUUGGCCUCAUCACCGUCGUCAGCCAGCAGCAGCAGCAACGCUAGCCAGCCUGCCAGCAUGAGCAGCACUGCAGUUGUGAAUGGUCACCAAGGGAGUAGAGAGUCUCCUGCUGCUGCUGCUGCUGCUGCUGGCUCUGCAUCAACAGGCAGGAAAGCUGAAGCAAGCAGAGAAAGCAGCACAGAGAUCACAGCCCAGCUUGUUGGAAGUGAUGACAGUCUAGAAAAGAAACUAGCUCCGGCCAAACCCAGUAGAAGCAAGCUGAGCUACAGCGCGUCUCCCGACCUGCUGCGGGCACAUGCCAGCAAGACGGAGAAAACUACGCCCGCCGCUUCUCCCGCACGCACAGCGUACGAGGACAUCUGGACGCCGACGAAAACGGCAGCCUCCGGUAAAAAUGCCGGAAAAGAGAACGGCACGGCCGGCACCGGUGUAGCAGCCGGUUCCAAGCCGCAGGCAAAAUCACGCUCUCCUCUCUCGCCGUCGUCCAGCGAUCUCGAUAAGAUGAUGUCGGGCACAUCGACAGACCUGGACGCCAUCAUAUCUGGUCAGAAGCGGCCGAACGCUGUUGCAUCUCGGAGAGCAGGUGCCGACAGCACACUGCUGAAAGGUCAGCAGCGGCAGGACACACAGCCCAGCGUUCCACCGGUGCACAAUUACACCGAAGCAGCCAGGGUGUCAGUGAAAGGUGGGGCUGACGGAAACACCAGCACCGAUGCUGGCAGCUUGGCUAAAGCAGAGACCGAGUCGAUAUACUCCGUGCCCGGCGAUAUCCGACCGUUCAGCCCGUCAGAGAUGGACGAAGCAGAUGGCAGUGGCAGCACAGGUGAGUACAAGUCGCCACGCAAGAUGUCCGACUACAACGUACCGCGUCCCGUCUCGUCGGCAUCCCUGCACACUGCGACCACCGGCAGCAGCAACAGUACUGGCGGUGGCAGUGCGAUGCAGCGUUGUGUCAGCGAGGCAGUGGUGUCCGUGCAGCAGCCGCGCCCGCAGCCGCCGGCAAGAUCCAAGUCACGGAGUUCAGUGUCUCGACCCAGUGUUCCCCCUCCACCGCCGCCAGCGGGCAGGGCUACUGCGGACGGCGGUUACUCCCCUACGGAGGUUAGGGUGGAUGGCAAUGUGUCGGUUGUGCUGAGAAAGCCAUCCGCCGCCGAUGACGUCAGUCCUCAGCUUGUACGUAGGAAUACCAUGGAGCGGACAAAGCGACACACGAUAUCCGGCAAGCCGCACCGCAUCCCACCUCCACCGCCGCCGGGAACCAGACCCGCCGAGGAGCAGGAUGCAUCUCCGCGCGGCGAGCGAAGGCGUAGCAUCUGCACUCCGCCGCCGCAGCGAAAGAUCACCGGCAGUGGCACGGCGCCGGCGGCACUGGAAACACUCAUGAAGUCGGUUACCGAUGCAGGCAGCUCGGUGGGCAAGCUCUCGCCGAAGAUUGGCAGCAAGGUCUGGAAAAACCUGCGAAAGACUCACGAGCGCACGAUGUCGAUGAUCCGUCAGCGGCGACCCGGCCGUAAGAAUUCCGUAUCGCAAUUUGACACGUCCGAUGACGAGCACUCGCCUGGCACAAGCAGAGAUCCGUCGCGUGCUCCUUCGGUCAUGGACUCGCCCGAGGACGAAACAUGCCGGACGCCAACACCGGGUGACUACACUUGUGAUGACACGGAACCGCACAGCGAUACAAGUCCGGAGAUGACCAAGUCCACUCCGCCUCGAAAGCCAUUGCGUACGGCGAGCAGCUUCCGGCGCAACCGCAGGAACCUUAUCUUACCGGCGGACGCAUCAGGAGAUAACACCGGGUCCAGCCUAGAGUCACCGUGUACGACGAUAGACAGAACUAGUAGCAACAACACGACCGGGAGUCAGAGCGGCGAGUCUGUGUCGUCCACGCAGUCUCUUCGCUGUCUCAUCGACGCGUCGCUGGCGGGUAUCGGCGACUCGCUGCCACCGCCGAUGCACAGCAAUGUGCUGCCGCUGCCGCCAAAGCCUUCGCGACCUGCCAGCAAACCAGCCGGAGAUGCACCUGCUCUGCCGCCGCGCCAGCCCGACCCAGCAUCUCCUGGCGCGCCCACAGUCCUACCCAGAACCAAAUCGGUGAAAGGGACGAAUUCUCAGCUGCCUGCCACAAACGGGCCUGUUCAGAAGAGCCCCGCGCAAAAGGCCUCAACACCCGGCCAGCACUUCCCACCGUCCGCUCCGGUUCCCCCGUCCAUCGAACAAGAACUGGAAAGAGAGCUGUCGUUGAUGAGAAGUGACUAUCAUGGUCUGACCAGAUCUGUGCACCGUAGCCUCGGCAGUGUGGUGAAACGACUGGGCCGGUGCGUGUGCGAGGAGCGCUUCAAGUCCAGCAGUGUUCCCAAGAACUGGUCGCACAUCGAGGUGCUGGGCUGCGAGGACGAUGGGCCGCACGGAACGUGCAGCAUACACGUGCUGUUCAAGAGCCGAGACGGCAAGAUACCUAUGACAGCGCAGCUGGAGCCACUGCUGACUGGCAACGACGAAGACGGCCUGCUGUACACGCGCGACUGCGCAGUGCGAGAGAGCAUACCGCCGCACUUCAACGUCAUACGCACGCAGGCGAAGUUCACCGAGACGGUGCCGGAGCUGGUGCACGAGAUGCUGGAACUGGGCAUUUCACCGGCCACCGAGUGCUCGUCGUACAUGACGGAGUCGACGGCGGACUACACCGACGCGGAGGUGUUCUUCUCGUCUCUGACCGAUCAGGACAUGCCGGCGCAGGAGGUGAUCAGUCAGACGGCAUUCGUGUUCGUGCAGAUCUGCUCGGCGCUGCAGCAUCUCGCCGUCAACGGCAUCGUCCACCGCAACGUCGUGGCGCCGUCCAUCAUGAUCGGACCAGUCAACGACAAGAUGUCGCCAAUCCGCAAUGGUGACCGCGUGCUGCUCACCAGCUUCGGCCAUGCUCUCUCACUGCCAUCCUCGCCCAAUUCCGGCCAGGGCGGUUCAGACCAGGCCAAGAAGCUCGUGUUCAAGCGCUCCGCACAGCAGACCGUUGUCACGCCACGCCGAACGGACAUACUGCCGCCGGAGAUCCGCCUGCACCUUCGCGCCGAGGAGCUGGACUAUUCGGGAUGCGACGCCUACUCUUUGGGCAUGCUGAUGCGCAGCGUCAUCGACAUCUCCGUGCUGGCCGUCUUCCAGCGCGUGUGCAGGCGCCUGUGCAUGCCCAAGCUCUCCGAACGGGCAACGGUGAAGGAAGCGCUGCGGGCUUUCCAGUGUACGCUGUGGGGACCGACCGAGGCGGAGGUGCCCGGCUGGACGAACCAGGCGGCGCCGUUGGACCGGGACCGGCUCUGCGCCUGGCUGGACAUGCAGAGAAGCGAGCGUCUCGGUGCGCUCACGCUGAAGCUGUGCCGCUUCAAGAUCUCCCUAGAAGACUAUCUACAGUGCCUCUUCCUGAGCACUGUUACCAUGGACGAGCUGCUCAUCGUGCAGGAAACCUUCUUCAUCGGAACGUAGCCACGGCAUAGAUCUUUGUCCUGUGGUUGUUCUACGGCGCUCGCCUGCCAGUGUGGUGAGGUGUUGUGCCGUGAGUGAUGUACUGUACUUGUCAAUGUGAUUGCUACAUGCCACAUCUGUUGGCUGCGGCCGUUAAGUUUUACCUUUCGGAAUUUCGCCCCGGAGAUGGUCAUUCUAUUUCUAGACACAGCUGAUGCAUAGCAUACAGCCUUGAACUCACCAACUUACCAAGUGCACCAGAAAAAAUUAAAUUCUUAAAAAAAAAAAGAUUGAAAUAUUGCCAAGCUAUUGGAAAUUCAGCCCGGCCUGUAUUUGCGCUUUAACCUAUUUUCGCAGACAGCUAUUUUCUAAAAAACCACUGGGUCUCUCCCUGUCAGUCCCCUUUCGGACAAUCUGUUUAUGUCAUGAAUUCAUCACGCCGGUGGAUUCCGCCGCCUUAAUGCCGGUGCUAGAGCUAUUUGUGAAAUUAUGACAAAAAAUGUUUGUCACUUCGUUA